AUGAAAGCAAAGAUCCGCUACCCCAACUCUGACUGCCCUGCGCCUCCAGGAGCAAACCUCGAGAAGCUCAGGUGUUCUUACUGUGAGAAGUUGAGGCUGGUGAGCAAGACACUUGAAGACUCUGAGGAUGAGGACUGCCACCACUCGCAGCCAGGUGUGGUCACCCUGCUGAACGACCGGAUCAACAGCACGUCCAUGAGCAAAGUGCAGAGAAUGCUGCAGCUGGGCCAUGAUGAGUGGUAUGUGGAGAGGCGAGACCUCUGGCCCCCUCUCCUCAUACCUCGGCGCAUUUACUCGGCCAUGCAUGAUCAUGGAGAUGGAGAAAAUGCCAGAUAUCAAGAGCCAAUAUAA